CUUUCCCCUCCGAACGCCACACCACGCGAAACGGUCUUGAAACCUUGGAGUUUCUCCCUAUUCUCGUCACUGCAAGGGGAGGAGAAAUGAGAGUUUUGAACCAUUCGAGGGCAUUCACGCACAAACAACUACUCUGUACCCUGAUGACGUUCAGAGUUUGACUUCAGGGUUCUAUUCUUGUUGUUGUUGUUGUCUGCCUGCUAGUAACUCUAUCCGUAUCCGUAGUUACCGCCACGCAUCGCCCCAAGACUGACGAAGAUUGCAGUGAUGAUCGUUACUCGCUUUAUGAAUUCUCCGGAUAUUCCGAAAUAUCGUUUAAAACCAAAAUUAAUCGGAAACUGGGCUGCCUCAUCUCAUCCCGUCUCCGACUCUGUCUCCACGUUGGCUCGUCCAAUUUACCGUUGGCUGCUCGCUUGUCUGGGGAGGCCGGAAGGGGAAAACACACAUCUUCUGACUAGACUGGCCUGGCCGGGGAUUAUGCCUGGUCAUAACAUCAAUUCUCAUAACGCGCAAUUCUCACAGCCAAAUGAUCGGCACGUCGUGAUUUGGACGUAUGAUAGACUACAGAGGAUGCUGACAAGCAUUUUUCGCCACAAAUUGCGGUGGAAAGGAUUCUCACCGUUCACAAAAUACAGAUUGACUGACGCAUCAUUGCAAUAUGGAAGAGUGAAGUGGUGGCUCUCGUGCUGUUGCUAUGUAUAGACGGAGAGUUGUCGGUGCACCGAGAUCGUCGUCAAUAAACAGUCCUCCGUGCAUACAGACUGCAAACACACGGAGAUGAUCGAACUGUCAACGUAACAUGAUGGUUUUGGAAUGAGAGGGC